UGUUGUUACUGUGUGGCUGUAUUGGAGGAUAAGUCACCAUUUCAGACACACACACAGACAUACAGCAACAAUGAUGUGAAGCUCCACCUGAAGAUUGUGUGUGUGCGCUUUGUUUUUGUUUCUACCUUGGACGACGUUUAAACCGUAAACAGUUUGACUUCUAAUUAGUGUUAUUGGGGAUGGGGGAAAAACCCAAUAAUAAUGACUUGGUAUAAACGAUGAAGGAGCUGGAGGGGGAGAUCAGCUGCUGAGCUUUGGCAGAGCUCCCUCCGGUCGGGUCGGUCAGUCUUAGGAGAGAGGGGGAAAGCUCGCCGGUUUCUUUUCCAUGGCUGUGCAGUGCUAGCUCCGGCCGGAUGAGGGUGUAUCUCUGAUUGGACACUGAUUUUUUUUCCCCCCCUCUCCCUGUUAUAUAUUUUUUCCUCUCUCUCUGUCUGUGUUUGUGUGGAAAUCCCACUCCCUUUGGCUCGGUCUGAAUCCGAAAAAUAAAGCAUCCUGCUAUAGAGAGAGAGGGAGAGAGAAUGGGGAAUACCACUUCAUGCUGCGUCUCGUCCAGCCCCAAACUGCGGAGGAACCACGCUCGGCUGGAGACUUACCGCACCGACACCGACAUCAGCCGGGAGGACACGGGCUGUAACCUGCAGCACAUCAGCGACAGGGAGGCGGUGGACGAUUUAAACAUGGAAUUUAACCCCUCGGACCACCCUCGUGCGAGUACGAUGUUCUUGAGCAAGUCUCAGACAGACGUGAGAGAGAAACGGAAAAGCCUCUAUAUAAACCACCAUCCUCCAGGACAAUUGAGAAGGAAAUACAGCUCAUGCUCCACCAUAUUCCUGGAUGAUAGCACUGUCAGCCAGCCAAACCUGAAGUAUACAAUCAAAUGUGUAGCACUUGCAAUAUAUUACCACAUCAGAAACAGAGAUUCAGAUGGACGAAUGUUGUUAGAUAUAUUUGACGAGAAGCUCCACCCGUUGUCAAAAACAGAAAUGCCAGCAGAUUAUGAUCGACAUGAUCCAGAACAGAAACAGAUUUACCGUUUUGUUCGAACGUUAUUCAGUGCAGCCCAGCUCACUGCAGAAUGUGCUAUUGUCACGUUGGUGUACCUUGAAAGAUUAUUAACAUACGCAGAGAUUGACAUCUGCCCCAGCAACUGGAAACGGAUUGUGUUGGGGGCUAUCCUGCUUGCGUCGAAGGUAUGGGACGAUCAAGCUGUUUGGAAUGUGGACUACUGCCAAAUCCUUAAAGAUAUCACAGUGGAAGACAUGAAUGAGCUGGAGCGUCAGUUUCUGGAACUGCUACAGUUCAACAUCAAUGUGCCCUCCAGUGUUUACGCAAAGUAUUACUUCGACCUACGCUCCCUAGCAGAAGCCAACAACCUUAGCUUCCCACUGGAGCCACUCAGCAGGGAAAGAGCGCAGAAGCUAGAGGCACUAUCCCGACUAUGUGAGGACAAGUACAAAGACUUGAGGAAAUCUGCUCGGAAACGCUCAGCCAGUGCAGAUAAUCUGACUGUGAUCAGAUGGUCCCCAGCCAUCAUUCCCUAACAGUGGGCAAUUUUGCUUGAGUACAUUUGCUGUCAUCCAUCCAGAUUUUUUGCCUGGGAGGAGAAAAAGAGACUUUUAAAGACUUUGGCAAGAUGCCUUUACAGUGCCUCCAUCUUGUGUAGCACAGGAAAAUGGAAAAUCUCAUUGGAGAAAAAAGUAUGAAUUUGUGAGAAAGGACUGUCAUAUCUAGCAUUUUCACUGCCUCUAACCCCCUUUAAAAUGGGUUUUAAUAUGGGGGCCACAUAAUUAAUGAAAAAGGGGGUAUGGAGACGGAAAGUUGAGGAGAAAGAGCGUCGUUUUAAGCAGUCGGCCUGUUUGCAGGGAAAAUGCAGAGGCGUGUGGAAAAGUAAGAGGUUUGCUUUCAAUGCGCGUCUGAAGCAAUUUGUGGAGUGGCAGUGUUUUAACUUAAUUUAUUCUGAAUGUGUGACUGGUAAAUUAAUGGCCUGCAGGAACAAAACUUUCACGGGUGUGUAAAGACAAGAGCCAUUCGUGUGAAAUGUCACACGAUGGUCAGCAACAAUCUGCUGUAUUUCAGAAUCCGUUUCAAGGUGUGCUUAAGGUUCUAUUGCUUGCACCAAUACCAAACACAAAGGCAGUUAUCUCCCUAGAGAACCCAAGGCGUUUUCUCAGUCCUGUGAAUAACCACCAUAAGAUGCCCACAACUCUGGCGCACUUGUCUUAUGUGGGUCUUUCACACACACAAAACACACCCUGGUCAGAUGCCCUCGGCAUAUUCCACAAGACACCACACAUUGAUGUUUUUGUCCCAGUGCAUUAUCUUCUUUGUGCUUUUGGUGCAGUAUUCUGUUUAGUUCAGAGGCUGUUAAGCAGCACAAGUUUCCACCCCUCUCCAUAUUAGGGUAGCCACUUCUAUUUUCAUAUUGCUAUUCAUUUUAUGGAUAUAUUCAAAGUUUUAUUUUAUAAUCUGUCAUUUUGUAAUGUGUAGCUUUGACUUUUCACCUUAUAUUAGCAUGCACAUGCAGUCACUAUAGUAAAAUUUGUAUAUAAAUCAAAAAGCAUUCUCAUUCUUAAUCUUAUAGAUCUUUUUGCCUUUUGUACACUUUUCAACAAUGUGUUACAUGACAUGCAAACAGGUUUUUUCAUUGGUCUGCUAUUCACAGAAACAUGAUCUCAAGGGGGUUAGAUGUAGUUGAAUUGCUUUUCUGUUCCGAUGCGCUAUUCAUAGACCUCAACAGUACCCUCUUCUGGAAGUUUUCAGAAUUUCUUUUGUAUGAUUCCUUAAUAAGCAUAUUAUUAUACUUUAUUAUACUACACUUUAGUCUGUCACACUCAAAUCAAGCUUAUUUUUGUGUUAUUAGUACACAAUUUUAGUCAAAAAAGGGUCUAAGAGUUGGACUGUUCAUAAAACAUAAUUUUGUAUUUUGUACUGGACUGAUUGCAAUGUGGGACUCUGAUGGAAACUGAAGCACAGAUAAAACUGCACAUACUAGUUAGUGAAGAGUUUUAACUCCUUUUUAUAGGCAAACACCUUCUUAAUUUCCUUUUUGCGUGAAAUGAACCAUUGAAAACACAAUGUGUGCCCUGUUGAGGGAAAUAAAUAAAAGUAUCUGAGCACUGGGCAAAUUAAUGCCAACAUGUUUGUCAAAGAUAAGCGUGACUCGGAAAUUGCAUUAAUUCUUUUUUUUUUAAUCAGUUCCAUUUUGCUCAUCAGAGGCAAAUUGUUGUGAACCAACUGUAAGAGAUCCCAUAAAAUGAUUAGAGAUGAAAAUUAUUUAACUGCAUUGCUCCAAUGACUCAGAGGGUAAAUGAACUGCACAGUUUAGUACUAAGCCAUACAGACCAGGGAUGGAGUAGUAGUUUGAAUGUUCCAGUUGGCCUCAGUACCCUGGACAAGACAUUUGGCUGCUUCGUGCUUUCCCACAUCCGUUGCUGGGAACUGUGUGGAUGGUGACUGAAGACAGGAUUGGUUCUAGUAGUGACUGCCCAGCCUCAUGUAAAGAAUCACUGUUGGAGUGAUGUGCCGGAAAGCUGCUGGUAUCUGUGGGACCAUUCCCUAGCAAAGGUCAAUGUCGUCGGAAGAAAAGGGGAGCAAAAUUAAGAUUCAACAAAAUGUUAGUUGAGUUAAUUAUUAAAUCAAUACUGAAAAUUCUGAUCUAUUUUGACCAAAAUUUUAAGUCCAGAUUACUAUUUCACACCCUUACUGAUUUAAUCAAUAGUUUAAUUUUUUUGAUACACAAUUUUCCAAGUAUUUUAGGGAGAACGAUCAUCGUGUUAGCAUUACUGCAAGUGAAUUUUAGUGAGAUGAACAUUGAAAUCUGUAAUUAUCUGAGUACAAGUGUACUUUUGUGAAGUUUAUUAAACUUGUCAAAGAUUGUAUAACCUAUUUAUUGUAUGUAUGUACAUACAGUCUGAUGCUUACUUAAAAUGUAAAGUGGUCUCAGUAGAAUCUUGCUCAGUCUGGUUUAGACUGGUGAUUCUUGUUUAGCCUUGUGCACUGGACUCUACCUCUGUAUAGAGAGUUUUCCCCUGAUCUUUGGUUAGUUGGAACAGAUGAAGCUUUUUUUUGUGACAAAUUGAUUAUGUACCUUGAUUAUGUUUCUUGUGCUAAGAAAAUCUACUGUAGCUAUUUUUUCAGUUUGAUUACUAAUAUGUAAAACUGGGAAAAAAGGCUUACAUUGAGCAUUUUAUGUUUCUUUGUAUUAAUGAAAACAACAGUGCUUUGCAUUUUUCUCCCUUUUUGUUCGGUCAACUUUGCCAAAUACAAAACUGUAUCUUUGGAUAAACUGCACAAUACCAAUAGAUGUUCUGGACUGUUUCUCAUUCUCAAACAAGCAGUAAUCUGCCAAAGGGCUGCACCCCGCUUAGAAAUUUGGGUAAACUCUGAUUAUUUCCCAUUGCUUCCCAUUACUGUGACGAUGAAUGACCAUUUUAAUAAAGAUAGGUGCCAAUUUGGUUA